AUGAGAACAUUGGCAUAUCAGUUCAUCAAGGUUGAUAUUGGAAAUGGUAAGAAAGCUUUCUUCUGGCAUGAUAACUGGCUGCGCAUUGGUAGACUCAUUGAUCUCACAGGAGCAACUGGUACACGAUAUCUUGGAGUUACUCGAAAUGCUCGGGUUCAUGAUGCAGUGUCUUCAGGCCAAUGGAGUGUAAGGGGGCAAAGAAGCCAGAAUUUUAAAGAGCUACAUCAGAUGAUUCAAGCAGAACCUGUACCGAGUAUUGAGUUGGGCGAAGACACUUAUCUAUGGAAACAUGAGCAUGAUUUUUAUGAGGAGAAGUUCUCAGCGGUCAGGACAUGGGAUCUAAUAAGAUUUCAAAACAGACUCUCAACAGGUGACCGGAUGAGAGCAUGGGGCGUUCAACAAGGUUGUAUUCUUUGUGGCGAAAGAGACGAAACACGAGAUCAUCUCUUCUUUGCGUGUCCAUAUUCAUAUACUGUUUGGGAUAGAUUGGCUAGUAGACUGGUGGGGAGACGAAUUAAUCCGGACUGGCUGGACAUGUUCCAGUUCAUUCAAACAGGGUCAUCUAAUCAGCUUACGCCUAGUCUUUCAGACUGUGGUGUAUUAUGUUUGGAGAGAGAGGAACAAUUGCAUUCACCAAAACGGGCUGUUGGGGACAGAGCAGCUGAUUACUCAAAUUAUCAAAGUGGUUAA